CAGAUUUUUGUAAAUAUAAAUAAAAAUAAUAUCCAUAUAUUAAUAAAUAUUUAAUUAGAAUAAUGAAUUACUCAUUUUCAGAUUCAAAUAAAAUGUAGGAAUAACUUAAGAGGAGAUUUUUAAUUUUUGGAAGUGAAAAUUACUUGGAACAUAAGUCUUUGUUUGAUGAAGUGUGUUGUCAAAAGUGCUUUGAGCUAACUUUGAAAAUGAGGUAAUGUAAAACUUGCUCUAAGAUUUAUUGCUCGAAUUGUUUUGAUCCAUAAUAAGCUAAAAUGUAUUGUCCUAAUUGCGGUUGUAACGAAGAAAUUCUCAUACCUAAUCAAAAAUUGAUGACUUUAAAUUAAAUUUUAUUUAAGUGCAGAUAUUAUACAAAUGGAUGUUAAACAAAACUUAACAUAGAAAGCUUAUUCUGCCAUGAAGAACAGUGCAAUUUUUAAAAAAAUGUUUAAAAUUUAAAAUAAUUGCUUUAGAGCUCAUAAAGCGUUUCAUCGUCCUUAACUAAUAGUUAUCAGGAAGGACCAAAGUAGCUAUCAACAAACAACUAUGCCUCUGUCAGACAUCCUUACACAGACGUAGAACUUGUUCCUAUGGCUUUAUUUAAAGAUCUACUUAAAGAAUUAGCUGUUUUAAAAUAAGUAUGUGCUGUGAACUUUAAAAAAAGGUGUAAUAAUGGGCACGAAUUAAUAUAUGAAACAAGAGAUGCUAAUAUUACAAGAGAAGUUGUUUGUGAUGUUUGCAAACAACUUCCAUCAAAUUAAUCAGUAGGUAGUUAUAGAUGCGAAGCAUGUGAUUUUGAUAGAUGUGAAUAGUGCUAUUUGCAAAGUAGACUAUUUUGAUUUAAAUAUUAAUAAAAAUCUCAGUAAGUAUGAAAACUGUCUAAACAAAUAUUUAACAAUUAGUAGAUCUUAUUGAUGCAUAUAUAUACAUAAUUUUUUUUUGUAAAAUAUUAAUAUUCGAAUUAUAUUAAUUUUCCAUUCAAUUUUGCUUCUUACAAUUCAUUUUUUAAGAAGAUUU